CUUAGAGAGAGCAGAGAUGGCUGCUUCUUCAUUUAUGGCGUUUCAAGUGAACUGCUCUGUUCAGAGGUCCUCGGAUUUACUCAGUUCUGAUCACUUCAAGCCUAACCUCUCCUCUGCUGUCAAACCAUUCGGGAAAGAUUGGCAGCAAUCUCCUCUUCGAGUUGAUUUUGCAGAUGUAAUAAAAAAUGCGUGUGUGAAUAUAUUGGACACAUUUGUCAACUUGGUGUUCCAGUUCGAGGACCAACCAUUACUCCCCCCUCAGAGGAAUUUUGGGCCAGUUGGUGAAUUGGGAAGAGCCAUUAACAUCAGCGACAAUAUUGAAGGGCAGAUACCGGAGGAUUUUCCUGAGGGUGUUUACAUUAGAAACGGGUCAAACCCACUAUUUGGAGGUCUAAAAUCAACCAAAUCUGUGUUCGGACGGUCGAGUCAUGCUUGGAUUGAAGGAGAAGGAAUGCUUCAUGCUGUGUACUUCAACAAAGAUAGCGACGGAAUGUGGGCUGUACGAUACAACAACAGAUAUGUCGAAACGGAAACGUACAAGCUAGAAAAACAAAGGAACAAACCAUCCUUUCUACCUGCAAUUGAAGGCAACUCCUUGGCCAUUUUGUCUGCUCAUCUGCUAAAUAUGUUGAGAUUUGGGAAGGCGAACAAACUAUUCAGCAAUACUAACAUCCUCGAACAUGGAGGAAGGUUCUACUCGAUCGCGGAAAAUUACUUGCCUCAAGAGGUCGACAUUUUCACACUUGAAACUCUGGGCGAUUGGAAUGUGAAUGGAGGAUGGAAUCGACCAUUUACAAGCCACCCAAAGAGAGCACCAGAGACUGCAGAAUUAGUUACAGUCGGGGUAGAUGCAGUAAAGCCAUUCAUGGAACUUGGAGUGAUCUCUGCUGAUGGCAAUGAACUAGUUCAUAAAGCUGAUCUCAAUCUCGAUAGAUGUCCCCUCUGUCAUGAAAUCGGGGUCACGCAGAGGUACAAUGUGAUCAUGGAUUUCCCGACCACGAUAGACAUAAAUCGACUCAUCAGAGGAGGAACAUUGAUAAAAUACAAUAAGGGAGGGUAUGCGAGGAUCGGGGUAAUGCCUCGCUAUGGUGACGCUAGCUCAGUCCGCUGGUUCUAUGUGGAACCCAACAGCGCACUGCAUAUUCUGAAUUGCUUCGAGGAUGGUCACGAGGUUGUAGUGUGGAGCUGCAGGUCUCUUGAAUCAAUCAUUCCGGGUCCGGAUUAUGGUCUGCAUAAAUACGAAUGGUUCUCAGAAAGAUUGAAGCCAAUCAGAUCAAGUGAUGGAAGCGUUGCCACCUCGACAGAAGAGGAAACAUCGUUCUUCUCGCGUGUGUACGAAUGGCGAUUGAACAUGAAGACUGGAGAAGUUAAGGAAAGAAAUCUCACUGGAACUGAAUACUCCAUGGACUUCCCUAUGAUUAAUGGCAACUUCACAGGCCUUAAAAAUAAAUUUGGAUACACCCAAGUUGCAGACUUGCCAGCAAGCUCUACCUCAGGCAUGCCCAAGUUUGGAGGCCUAGCGAAAUUAUAUUUUGACGAACCGGUAGCUGCAGUUUCAUCGAAAGAGAAACCGUCUGAGGACACGAUUAAGGUUAAGUACCAUAGGUUUGGAGAGAACAUCUUCUGCAGCGGAGCUGCCUUUGUUCCUAAAGAAAAUGGAAUCGAAGAGGACGACGGUUGGAUAAUUACUUUCGUUCACGAUGAAUCUACCGACAUCUCCCAAGUUCAUAUAGUUGACACCAGGAGCUUUUGUGGCGAACCGGUUGCGAAAAUAACGCUUCCCUCUCGAGUUCCAUAUGGUUUCCACGGAGCUUUCUUUAGUCAAACACCAAGUGGUAGCUCGUUCGAAGCUUGUGAGAGCGAGACCAAACAAGCUCGGCAUGAGCCUGCGACUUGAGGCCAAUGAGGCCGUGAGAGGUCGGCAUCGAGCUCGACCAUGGCAGGAGUUCAAUCUCGAUCGGGCCUUGAGCUGAGGUCAGCCAUGGCCUCCGAAGGAGCAAUGGCGGGGUGCGCGGUGGAGACGUAGAGACAUGGCGGUGUUUGGGUCGAAUUGAGCAAGCCUCUCUAUUUGGAUAAGAAAGUAUGGGCGGAUGUUGCUGUCUUUGUUUUUUAAUUUUUGGGAUUGGGGUGUUUUGAGAAAUAAAAUGGCAAUAUGUAACAUCGUGUGCGGGCAUCAAAUUUGUCGUAAAA